AUGAGUUUAAUAUCACAGAAUGUUCCUUCGGCUUUUAAAGCCAACAAGACUAAAAGGGAUGAUGUUGAUGAGCCUUCAUUUCUGCAAGGGAAUGAUGACAACGGAAAUGGAAAACAAUCUAACUUAGAUAUUAUGAAAACGAAGAAGCGAAAGAAAGCACUUAAGGAAGAGGAUGAGAAAGUGGCUAUUGAGCAAGAGAAGGAAAUGAAGAAGCUGGAAAACUUUUUGUUUGGAGCCAUUUAUUCCCCACUAGAGUUUGGAAAGGAGGAUGAGGAAGAAGUUGGAGAUGCAGUGGAUAAAGGUUCUUCUUUAUUCUUUGUGGACCGUUCAGCCAAUAGUGUGCUCUCGGUGCAUGAAGAGGAUGGAGAGUUAUCGGAAGAGGAAACUAGGCAGAGGAAACCUGUCUGGGUGGAUGAGGAAGAGGAAAAGACCAAUAUAAAUAUUGCUAAAGUUAACAGAUUAAGGAAGCUGAGGAAGGAGGAGGAUGAGAGUUUGAUUUCUGGUUCAGAUUAUGUCUCAAGAUUGAGGGCUCAACAUGCUAAGCUGAACCCUGGGACAGAAUGGGCUCAGCUUGAUCCACAGUUGAGGAACAGUAGAUAUUCUGAUGAUGAAUCAUCAGAUGAUGAAAAUGGGGUAGCAGUGGCCCGUGGCUACAAGGGUGUAGAUGCUGUUGAUGAUCUCCUUCGAACAAAUGAGGAUCUUGUUGUGAAGAGCAGUGCAAAAUUGUUGCCUGGACUUCUUGAAUAUUCGGUACUUGUACAUGCGAAUGCAGAGGAACCUUCUAAAGGACCAAUAAAUUCAGUGCAGUUUCAUAGAAAUGGGCAGUUGCUUCUUACUGCUGGAUUGGAUCGAAGGCUUAGGUUUUUUCAGAUUGAUGGCAAGCGCAAUACUAAAAUAGAAAGCAUCUUUCUUGAUGACUGUCCCGUUCGGAAGGCGUCCUUUUUGCCUGAUGGCUCUCAGGUUAUUAUAGCUGGAAGGAGGAACUUCUUUUACAGCUUUGACUUGGUGAAGGCAAAAGUUGAUAAAAUAGGUCCCUUGGUUGGUCGAGAGGAGAAAAGCUUGGAAGUUUUUGAGGUUUCCCCUGACUCUAGCACAAUUGCCUUUGUGGGAAAUGAAGGUUAUAUCUUGUUGGUUUCGUCUAAAACAAAAGAAUUGAUUGGGACAUUAAAGAUGAAUGGAACCGUUCGUUCUUUAGCUUUUGCCGAUGAUGGGAAGCAAUUGUUGAGCUCUGGUGGAGAUGGACAUGUUUACCACUGGGAUCUCAGAACAGGGGCUUGCCUCCAUAAGGCUGUUGAUGAAGGUUGUAUAAAUGGUACAUCUCUUUGUACAUCUCCAAAUGGAGCAUUGUUUGCUGCUGGUUCAGGCAGUGGGAUUGUCAAUAUUUACAACAGUGAGGAGUUUUUGGGUGGCAAGAGAAAACCCAUCAAGACCAUCGAGAAUCUUACGACCAAAGUAGAUUUUCUGAAGUUCAACAGCGAUGCUCAAAUAUUGGCUAUUUGUUCAAGCAUGAAGAAGAACAGCUUAAAGUUGAUACAUGUUCCAUCAUUUACUGUUUUCUCGAACUGGCCUCCGCAGAAGAAGGCCCUUCACUAUCCCCGCUGCUUGGAUUUUAGCCCUGGUGGAGGUUUCAUGGCUGUAGGAAAUGCUGCUGGAAAAGUGUUAUUGUACAAGUUGCACCAUUACCAUCAUGCAUAG